AUGGAUCUUGAGUUACUACAAGAUUUGUCCAAAUUCAGCUUCCCAGCAUCCAUCAAGAUCCGAUCCAAACCCUCAAAGGCAAAGAACGAGGAAGCAGGUGGCGAUGACAACGAAGAUGUCCUCAGCUGCAGUACACCGACAUCACAAGAACACAAGAUUCCCGCCGUCGUAGACUCUCCACCUCCUCCUCCGAGAAAACCCCGUCCACCACCGUCAGCACCGUCGGCUACGGCUGCUCGGAUGAUCAGAUCGUGCAAGAGGAAGCUUUUGGUGUCGACUUGUGAGAUUAUCAUGAACCGGGAAGAGAUUGAUCGUUUCUUCUCCUCCGUAUACAAUGAGGCGUCGACGACGGCCAAACGGCGGAGAAGUUAUCCUUAUUGUGCUCGAAGAUGAGGCUUGAACUCAAAAUAUUUACAUUUUUUUUUACAGUUUUACUAGAAAUAUUGUGAAAUUAUAUGUUGGUGUUCGGUGUGUUUUAAUAUUUUUAAAAUUUAAUUACGAGAAAAUGGAAGGGAUAAUUUUCUGCAACCUCAUAUUAAUUUCCGCAUGGAGGGGUCGAUGUUGUAAAUUCAGUAAUAAAUGAAAAUUUAAUUCCAAUUGCCAAGUUUUCUA